UGUGCAAACCCACAGGCCCAUAGUUAGACGAUGCUCAGAGCGUGGAUUGUGGUGCUAUUUGCCAAUUUGGUGCUUGGCGAAAGUGGCUCUCAACUGGGAAGCCCUAAUGGCCAAUAUACGUUGAGCAUUCGGCAUCCGGAUGGCAAAACCUUGCGCGAGGAGACCGUAAAACAGGUUCCACCCGGCGUUCCGGAGGUAAAAGGUACGCUCAAUCAGAACUUUGCAGACCAAGGCGUCACUCUGGUGGUCAUCUAUGAGGCGGGGCCCAAUGGAUAUGUGGCCAAGUAUAGCUACAAAAGCGCAGGCAAGCCGGAACAGCCCGUAUUUGCAAUUUUCCUAAGUCCAGCAGUUCUCAAGUCGUCAGCCGGCUAAUUUGUUGCAAUUAACUUUUUAUCUAAUUAAUGGAAUUAGCUUGGUCAUGGGUGAUCCUAGGGCUAGGCAUGUAACAAUUGUAUGCAUUCUAUAGAGUCUAUAAAUGUUCUCCAUUUUGUAGCAGUUUUGUAGCCAUCGACAGAAAGAAAGAUGUGUCGGAAUAGGUCAGAUCGGACCACUAUAUCAUACAUCUAAAAUUUAGCACAACUCUUUUGUCUAUCAAAAUAUUUUAUUUUAUUUUUCUAAAAGCUUGGAGCUUUUUUACAAAACCAAAAGUUUUUGGUUUGCAUUUAUAAACAAAUUUUGCGAAAAGUGCUCAAUUUAUUAAAUUAAAUUGAUCUUAAUAUGACUUAAAACUGCAAAUUGUAUCGUAAUAAACUUUCUUUUCAAAGUUAUUUUCGUUUACAGUAUUCUCAUAUUAUUAAUUUUAGUUUAUGUUAGGCAUAGCAGGUAACCGGUUUCUUGGACUUCGUUGUAUUCUUUGGUUGCUCAAAAGAAUUAG